GACACCGACAGCGGCCGACCCGAGGCUGGCCGGCGGCGGCCACGUGACCCUCUCGUGCCGGGACGAGCUGCACUGCCAUUGCGCCCUGGGCAACAGCAGCGUGGCCGUGCAGUGCCGCUACGGCAGCCAGAAUGUGCUGAUUCGUUGGAACCUGCUGAGCCGACGUCCCUCGCCGGACACCCGGUUUGAGAUCGACAUCCAGACCAGUGGCUCAGUCAAGGUGCUGCCCUCCUUCCUGGACAUGAAGCUGGAGCCUGCCGGCGGUGCGGGGCCGGCGGUGAUGUUCAUCAUCCGGGGUGCCUCCCUGGUGCAGGCGGUGUACGCGAGCGAGAACAUGUUCCCCACUGAGUGGCACCUGGACGGGGUACGUCUGGCCUCGCUGGACGCCGAGCAGUUGUCGCCGGCGCCGCAGCCGCUGCUGCUGACGCUGCGGCACAGCCGGGUGGCGCAGCUCCGGCUGCCGGCGCUGGGGCCGGGCGCGCGGCUCACACUCGAGAACUGCACCGUGGCCGAGAUCGACGGAAAUCCGGAGCGGGCCCAGCUGCGACCGCCGGAGCCGGCGCCCGGCGCCCGACCGGAACUCGUGGUGCGGAUGUCCCGAAUACACCUGCUGCGGGCAGCCGCCUUCUCGCUGAGCGAUGGCGGCACCGAGAGCCGGCCGUCGCUGCUGAUCGACGACUGCGAGAUCGGCGAGAUGGAGCAGGCUUCCGUCUCGCUCCCGCACAGCUCGUGUCAGCUGACCUUCACCAACAACGCCGUGGGCCUGCUGCAGCGCGAGGUAUUCUCGCUGGCCGGCGGCUCGCUCCGGAUCACCAACAACACCUUCGGCGUGCCGCACGCCGCCGCUUUCCUCGGCUUCUGCGGCCAGCUGAUCUUCAACGACAACGACGUGCGCGGCCCGCUGGUGUUCGGCGCACUGCACUUCGAGCGCUGCGUGCACUACAGCCAGCACGGCAACAGCUUCCAGUGCCCGUGCGACAGCGUCGGCUGGCUGGCCAUGUUCGAGGAGCGGCAGCGCACCAGCGCCGUCGAGGUGUUCUACGAGCGGCUGUACAAGGCGUCGCUGUGCCGCACGGACGCCGGCGCCGUGCCGAUGACCGAGUUUGCGGCACGGGAGGACUGCUCCGGCCGUCACCGCCAGGCCAACCUGAUGCUGGGCAUUGUGGCGCUGGUGGUGGUCGUGCUCCUGCUGACGCUGCUGGUAGCGGUGCGUCUCUGCCGCCGGCGCAGCGGCACCAAGCUGCACCCACCGCGGCCGCGGCGCGCGCGCAAUCUCUACAGCUCGGACAUCAGCGCGCCCAUCCCGAAGACGAGCAGCCUGGCGGCGGCGUCGCCCCGGCUGCCGCCGCACGCCGCCAGCCUAUCGCACCUGGCCGCCGCCGACGGCCGCCCGCUCGGGCACUACGUCACCUGCGAGAGCGACGACGAGGACGGCCUGUACGCCACGAUCGUCUUCAAGAAGCGGCGGGCGCCCGACCCACCCGAGAGCUCGACGCCGGGGCGGCGCCGCGCGGCGCCGCGCGUCCUCAACCGCUGCAUCAGCGAGGGCGGUCUCCGACUGCCAGCGUACAGAGCCGCGCCGCUGGGCUCGGGCCGGGUGCGGCCGGCGCCCGAGGAGCGCGCACCUCAGCCGGACCAGGCCGGCAUCGUCGAGGAGCCCGAGGACCCGUACCUGGUGCCAGACGGCGCCGCGUCCGACUACGUGGAGCUGACGACGGCGCUAUAUGAGGAGAUUUCGGCCGCGGCGCCGGCCCGGGAGGCGACCGGCGCCGUCACCGCCCGGCUCAACGGGCCGCACGCCCACAAGACCAGCCAGAAGGACUCGGGCAUCGGCGACGACUUCUGCCCCGAGGGCGCGCCGCCGGCGGACUCGUUGGCAGGGCUCGGCUCUGAUGUGUACAGCCCGCCCAUCCGACCGCGCCGCCCCGCUCUGGCCAGCCCGCAGAGCUGAGCCGACGCAGCGACAGACGAAACAAGCUUGCCGGGCGUGGAUCGUAACCGCCAGAAGCAGUCACAGAUAUGUGAGAAUGUAAAAUGUGUACCAAAUGUCACGAGCACCGUAUUUAUUAUGUUCCGGUGCGUGUGUCGAUUAUUGGGUGUAUGGAUUACAUGUUAGAUGAACGCGCAAGUAUUGCGUAACUGUUCAUAUAAGUGUUCGUUGGCGCAACUGUUCGCGGUGCACAUUUUUUGCAGACUCGUCAUUAAAUGCCAAGUGUUCA